UUCCGUCAUUUAUUUAUGUUAGGUAGUUUUACUGUAAUAAAUUGUUCGUAAAAAAAGAAUUUUUUUUUUCAGAUGUACUAAAGGCAGAUGUCAGACACAUAUGUCGGUCAGACGGCUCAGUUGGCUGAGGCGCAGUCGAUCGACAAGUUUAGUGGAUUUGUCAUCGAGGUUCGAGCGCCAGCUCGGUCAUUUGAAAUUAAUAAAGAAGGCCAACGUCGUAGUAUAAAAUUCAAUAGAAUCUACGACUUUAAAUAGAUUAGUUGUUGUGGAGAACCAUUUCCUCAGGUUCUUUAACCAUGAUAUUCUUCUUCUCCCUAUACCUCGCUUUACGAAUACUUUGCCUUGAAGGAUUAUUUUCAGUAGUCUGUAUUUAGUGCCGUUUCUCAUUAUGUGCCUGAGAUAUUCUAACUUUCCCUUUUUAAUUGUAAUACAUCUAUUAAUACAAUUAUUAAUACAUCUAAAACUUUCUAAUAAUUUCUGGGGAUAUAAUUAUAAAGGAAAUACAAACAUUUUUUAGGUAUGCUACAACCACCGUUCUAUAAUAGACACUUCCCCAAAGCUCUUAACUUUGGGGGAAUCGGAGUAGUCAUUGGUCACGAAAUUACACACGGCUUUGAUGAUAAAGGCAGACUGUUCGACCAUGAGGGCAAUCUACACAUGUGGUGGCGAGAUGCUUCUAUAGAAAAGUUUUACGAACGCUCGCAAUGCAUGAUCGAACAAUAUGGACAGUAUGUUCUACCGGAAAUCCAUAUUGCUCUAGACGGAUACGUAACACAAGGAGAAAAUAUCGCAGACAACGGUGGACUAAAGCAGGCUUUUCGUGCUUACGAAACUUGGUUAACAGAGCAUCCCGAAGCAGACGAAACCUUAGCCAAUCUAAACCUAACCAGUAGACAAUUGUUCUUUCUUAACUUUGCCCAAGUUUGGUGUGGGCAACAGAGGAUAGAAGCUGCAAAGAGUCGAAUAAAAACGUCUGUUCACGCUCCGGGAGUCUUUAGAGUUAUUGGAGCUCUGAGUAAUUCAGAAGAGUUUUCCAGAGUAUAUAUGUGUCCCAAAAAUAGUCCUAUGAACCCUGAGUUUAAAUGUAUUAUAUGGUAGUUGUUAGUUAAUGCAUUAAAUUUAAAAAAAAUGUAUUUAAAGGAAGUGAAAAAAUAUUAUGUCAAAGUGUGUAAAAAAUGCCAUCAUUCGAGCUAAUGGUUAAUAUAGUUCAUCCGCUAUAACUUUUCCCAUGCGUCACGAUUCAUUUUCAAACAAAU